ACCAAGCUUCAUUUCUGACGCAAGGGGCCCACACGCAGCUUCUGCCGCCUCCUGCGUUGUUGUUUUUCCUGGAAUACAGAACCAACCUCCGGAGCAAGAUGUGCAAGGGACUCGCUGCGCUGCCAGCCACUUGCUUAAAAAGUGCCAAAGACAUGAAGCAUCGUCUGGGCUUCUUACUGCAGAAGUCAGACUCCUGUGACUAUGGCUCUUCCCAGGGCAAGAAGGAGAAAAUAUCUUCAAGCCAGAGGGUUAGCCAAGAAGAAGUCAGAAGGUGGGCGGACUCUUUGGAAAACUUGAUCCAUCAUGACAGAGGACUGGCUGCUUUCCGUGCCUUUCUCAAAUCGGAGUACAGUGAGGAAAACAUCGAGUUCUGGGUCAGUUGUGAGGACUACAAGAAAACCAAGUCACCAGCCAAGCUCAGCCCCAAGGCCAGAAAGAUCUAUGAUGAAUUCAUCUCAGUGCAGGCAACAAAAGAGGUGAACCUGGAUUCAUGCACACGGGAGAAGACAAGCCAUAAUAUGCUGGAGCCUACUCUGUCCUGCUUUGAUGAGGCUCAGAGGAAAAUAUUCACCCUCAUGGAAAAGGAUUCGUACCGCCGUUUCCUCAAGUCCCCCUACUACCUGGACUUGGUCAGCCCCCCUGCUGCUGGCUGUGGGCCUGAAAACUGCAAAAGAAGCCACGCUCACACCUUAGACUGCAACUCUAACAUCAUCUCCCAGUGUGACUGAACCUGCAGCAAGGCAGGAGCAGGCAGGGCUCUUGCAAGAAUAUAUGGCAGCAAAAGCAUUCAUUGGCAUGAAGCAACAGAGCUGUCUCCAAUAGCUGUCUAAUGUCCCAGUUGUAUCCCAUGUCAUGCAACAGCCAGCAUUUGUAACCCAAGCCAGGCUCGGUCUGUGUAGCAAACCCUCCUCUCACUCCAUCGGUGUAGGAGCCCUGGAGUCUGACAGGAAAGCUGGGUGCAGUUCUUGCGUGUUUGCUGUGUUUCUGGCGAGCCCUGCAAGCCCAGAAGGAUAGUGGGGGAGUACAUGCUCAGUCAGACCCAGCACUACCCAUCAAGGGACCAGGCUUGCAGUCUUGCAGUGUGACACCUAGCAAAGAGCAGGGGAAUGAGGAAGCCAAGGGAAGCGUUGGGGACUGUGAUCUCCCCUUUUUAAAUGGCAAAAGCUUAGAUGAAAAGGACUUGCUCUUGUCAUAGCAAUGUGAAGCUCUCCACUCUGGGAACUUCUCCAUCUGUACCAUCUAGUUUAUGCUGGCCAAGGAUCUUACAGAUCUUACAGGUGUACAGAGCUGUUGUUUUGGGAGAGGUUCAUUAUUUUGUAUGUUAUUGUGUCCCUCAAUACUGUAGCAGAGCAGAACAGAAACAUGUUCCUUCUGUCCCAGACUGACAGAUGUAUAUUCCUGACUCUGGGAGUGCCAUUUGGAUUCAGGUUUACCUGCCCUGGCUUUUAUGGAGCAGUUUGUGAGGGAAUAGGACCACAACCACAACAGCUGGGGAGGAAAGACCCUGCUUGGGAGUACUUGAAAAUGUCAUUUUUUCUUUUUUUAGUGUUAUUUAUGUGAGUUUUUAUUUCGGUAGUAGUAUGACUCACUUUUUUUUCCUGAAGAUGGUAGGAGGAAUGUGUCAGUCUCAUUACUGCUCCUGGGCUUUGCAAGAAGGCAGCUUAAUUUUUGGUCACUGCAGUUAGACAUGGCCUUCAGCUGGGGCUUUGGGACUGAUGCUGACCUGCAGUUGGAGGCACAAGAAAUAAGUGCAGGGCUUGCUGUCUUGGGCUGCACUACCAGGUAUUGCACUCUUCUCCCAGCUCUUGGUCUCUCCUUAGUUGGAUAUCGCUGCUCUGACAACAGUGUAUUCCUUGCUCUGCAUCCCAGGCCAGGUAACAGUUCUCACAAUGGGGUUCUGGCACAGCAGGAGGAGGCUGUGGUUCUCCCGUAGGCACUUGAAGGCCCACAGAGAAACAUCUUUUAGCAUUUGCUUUAUUUUGUAUUUAUUCAACUGUACUGACACAUACCACCAUAGCAUGUUCAGCUAAAAGAUGGAGAGGCUUGCUAAAGCUCUGAACAUAGCCAAGCAUGUGGCUAUGUUUUAUUUCCCCUGGUAUUGGGAAUUCUUGAUAACUAUUAUAAAAACUGUAUUGAUAUUUAAAUAAUAAUGAAUUCAUUCUAAAUAAAAAAGUUUGUGUUAGUCCUU